GAUACUUCGCCGAACCGGUCUAAAAAUGUUUCGCUUGCUUUUGGCAUUAAUUUAUGCAUUUUGUUUCCCGAAUUUGUUAAGUACAGGGACUCUGGGAAGUCGAGAAGCAUGGAGAAAGACAGUGAAGGGACGCGUAAUGUCCAACGUCAGCAUGACACUCUACUGGUGGUUCCAACAACACUUUCCGUAUGAAUUAGUAAAGGACGAGGCUGAAUGGGAUGCCAUUGGUGGUGAUGUGUUGGAGGAGUUUGACUUUGAAUAAUUUUCAAAAAAGGCGAAAUAUGUACUGUGAAAUAUAUGUAAUCUGCCAAAGUUUCAAGUA